AUAAAGUUUAGGGACUUAUUUGGAUAAUACGAAAUACCAAAGACUUUAUGGAUCCUUAAGCGAAAGUUUAAGGAUCAUGUUGUUUGUUCACACUUUAAUUAAUAACACUCAUUAUUUAAUCAAUAAAAACAAGAACAACAACAACCAAAAAAAAAUCAUCUUGUAAAAAGAAAAUUUCCAAGGCUACCAUUCAACCAGCUGUCCAGAUUCAACUUAACCCUGUCCUGUGAGACGCUCUCUAACCGCCAAAACGACCAGACCAGUGUGUGCGCCUCGCCGUUGACUUGACCACGUGCCAUGGCGGGCGCCGCCGCCGCCGCCGCCGCCACCCCGCCGGAAUUCGUGUGCCCGAUCUCCGGCGAGCUCAUGGCCGACCCGGUGAUCGUCCCCAGCGGCGAGACCUUCGAGCGCGGCUGCGUCGAGGCCUGCGUGGCGCUGGGCUUCACCCCGGCGGCGCUGCCACUGUCCGUGGACCUCGCCGCCUCGCCGCCACCGGCGCUCAUCCCGAACGCCAACCUCAGGAAGGCCAUCUCCUCCUACUGCGACCGCGUCGGCUUGCCGCGUCCGCUCGCCGUCUCGCCGGAGGAGGCGAGGGGCAUUGUCCGCCACCUCAUGGCGAUGCGGGAGCCUGGUCGCGCCGGGGGAGUCAACGGCGAGCGGUUCGAGUCGUCGUCGUCGUCCUCGCCGGAGUUCGCGGCGUUGGGGUUGACCUUGGAGGAGGCUGUUCUGGUGAGGCUGCUCGACGACGAGCCGAGCCGGCAGGAGGGCGCGCUGGAGGCGCUGAAGCAGACGCUGCGCGGCGGCGAGAACGGGGUGAGGCGCGCGCUCUGCACGCCGCGGCUGCUCGACGGGCUGCGCCGCCUGAUGGGGUCCGGCCACGAGGGCGUCAGGGUCAGCGCCGCCGCGUGCGUGGUCAACCUCUCGCUGGAGCCGGCGAACCGGGUGCAGCUGGUGCGCGCGGAGCUCGUGCCGGUGCUCGUCGGGCUGCUCGCCGCGGCGUCCCCGGAGCUCCGCGACCACGCCGCCGGCGCGGUGUACAGCCUCUCGAUCGAGGAGAGGAACCGGAUCCCGAUCGGCGUGCUCGGCGCCGUCCCGCCGCUGCUGCGCCUCCUCGCGAGCGCCGCCGACGGCGACCGCGCGCGGCGCGACGCUGGCAUGGCGCUGUACUACCUCUCCCUCGACGAGAUGAACCGGUCGAGGCUCGCGAGGUCGGCCGGCGCGGUGGCGGCCCUCGUCGGCGCCGCGGGGGACGCCGCGCUGCGCCGCCCGGCGCUGAUGGUCAUGGCCAACCUCGCCGGCUGCGGCGAGGGGAGGGAGGCGCUCAUCGACGGCGGCGCGGUGGCGGCGGUGGCGGGGCUCAUGCGCCGCGCCACCGUGGCGCCGGGGUCCACGGAGGAGGAGUACUGCCUCUCGGCGCUGCACGGGAUGAGCCGCGGCAACGUCCGGUUCGGCGGGCUGGCGCGCGCCGCGGGCGCCGGCGAGGUGCUCCGGCGCGUCGCGGAGGGCCCCGGCGGCGGGGUGCGGCGGGACGUGGCGUGGCGGACGCUGCGCGCCGUGGGCGGGGUGGCCGCCGCCGCCACCGGCGAGUCUCUGUACGGCGGCGAGGACGCCGCCGCCGCCGCGCCGUGGAUGGACGACGUGAGCGUCAUGUCGGAGGCCAUGGCGAUGCCGCAGUUCCCGAGACGGCUGGUGGAGCACGCGCACGCGCACGGGGCGCCGCCGCGGUCGAACACCACGGCGCUCGACAGGCUCAGGCAAGCGCCCAACGGCUGACGUGUGGGUCCCAGUGUCAGUUUCGUACCGUGCUCGAACGGUUUGAUCUUUUUCUCAUUUUGCUUAAGAAAUGGUUUGCUUAAAUUUGUAUAUAGUGUAAGGAAAUUAGAUUAUUUGGUGAUAGUAUUGUUGAUUCCAUAUUUCUUGCUAAGCUUGUAUAUACACAUUUCCGUUAUGUGUGAGAACAAUUUCUUCGUAUUUAUUUACACUGUAUCAUAUACCAAUAUUGUCAGGCAUGUCCCAAA